CCCGGCACCGCCCCGGCACCGCCCGAGGGGCGGGAUCGGCGCGGAGCGGAGCGGGAGAAGCGGAGCGGUGCCACCAUGUUGUGCGGGGGUGCCUCGGCGGCCCGGCCCGCCACCGACGAGACGCAGCGGAUCGCGGAGCAGGUAAAAGCUCAGCUAGAAGAAAAAGAAGGGAAAACCUUUGAUGUCUUCACUGCAGUGGAGUUUAAAACUCAGGUGGUUGCUGGAACAAACUACUUCAUCAAGGUCCAUGUUGGGAAUGAGGAGUUCAUGCACCUGCGGGUGUUCAAGAGCCUCCCCCACGAGAACGAGCAGCUGAGCCUCCACAGUUACCAGGGCAGCAAGGCAAAGCACGAUGAACUGGCUUACUUCUAGCAACCUUCUCUGCUGUGUUUCCCUAGUUGGUUCUUAUGUGCAUUUCCUACAGGCUGCAAAAUGUUGAUUCCUGUGCCAACAAAGGCAGAAAAAAAAGUCCUUUUUUAUCAUAGGGAAAAAAAAAAAUUUCUUUUAUGCCAUUCCCUUCCUGUGCAAUCUCCAAAUCUGAGAGUCACAGGGUUCUCCUAUUACCUGCACUAAUGUAAACCCUACUUUUAUUGCAACUUGGCUUUAGUGCAUCUUAACCAGAAUACUGUGGCUAAGUCCUGUUUUUGAACUUCCUUGGUCUGGAAAUUGGAAGGGGAAUGGCACCAGCACUCAUAUAUUUGCAGCAAGGAGCAAGAAGAAAAGCUCAGUCUUUUCGGUUCUGUUUUGCAACUGUGAAUAUAUGUGAUUUAAAUAUUUAGAUUUAAACUGUACUUAGUAUUUUAUGGGCAAAGACCUGAUGAGAGACUCGAGCUGAAGCAGUUUCGCAAGGAAGAGAAAGAGGCUUACAGUAGUUUGAAACAAACAUUCCCUUGGUAAUCAUGCUCAUCUUCUUGCAGCAGUAGCAUGUAAUGUCCCGUAGAGGGUGUGUGAGUUUAAAAUACCAAACCAGCUUGCUUAUGUUCUCGGUCCUACGGGAAAGUCCAGGAAAGGAACUUAAGCUGGACAAGCAUUUCUGCAUUUAUAAUAAUAAACAUUUCUUUUGACUUGAAA